ACGUAUGUUCAGCGAGCGCGUGUGGGUAGCGUGGCCGAGCGGUCUAAGGCGCUGGAUUUAGGCUCCAGUCUCUCUGGAGGCGUGGGUUCGAAUCCCACCGCUGCCAAACCUUUACCAUUUAAAUACAGUGAAAAGUCAUCGUUAUAUUAGUAGUAUGAAUAUGUAGACUAUUUUUGUCCUGCCAAAAUAAUGAAUAAUCUCAAUUGAACUCAAAUGGGCGUGUUUUGUGUAAGUGUAUUACCCACAAUCAUCUAUAGAAUUUAUGAUGUGAAAUCAAGGUGGUAUAUCCUAAAAUGAUCUGCCGGCGUACUCAAAAGUUUAUAUCAUCCCGUCCCUGGAGCAGUACAUGUUUCAACAACUGGCUUUACAUAUCAGAGGUAUGCGGAUUCAGUUCCUGGAGGGAUAACGGGAAAUAUUUUCAGGUCCUGGGAUAAGGUGGGGUUCCUCUACGGUAUAUGGGUAUGGGGGAGGGAGGCACACCCAUUAAAAUGUCUCCGGACAGCCAUGGGUUCUGCACUAUCACCUUUGUGUUUUCAAGCAAGACCUAAAAAGUCGCUUUGGGUAUUGGUCCGCUAAAUUAAAUAUCACGUUUUUAUACAAGCUAAACCAUGAGAGGAGAUGAUAACAAGAGACAGAGUUUUUCCAUACAACGAUUGUCUCUUUUCAGAUCUGGUGUCAGUUUUGAUGGUGUUCUUGUGGCUGGCCGGACACCCCGUAUCGCCCCUUAGUCCUAUCUGUGACCUGCGUGUUCUGGACCACUUUGUUGGAGAAGCUCGGGACUCUGAGGUCAUCAUGCGAGGUUGCAGAGGUGGCUGUGGUGUGACGAAAUCCUACUUUGUUCCCUUGACUAGCGUCAACUUUGCUGUUUGGGAACAAACAGAUGUUCAGGGGCAGGCUGAAGAAGUGCAGACUGGGCUAUCAUUGCUUGUUCGGGCUCUGGGUGCAGCGAGAAGCACAGUGAGCAGCUCACCUCUGGCCAGCACGCUGGAUAACAACAUCAGUAACAUGCACAGCCUUGGCCAGAUCCUGCACAGUCUACACUUACAGGGCAAGUCCGCGGCUCUUCCGGACGCUUCGUCUCCUGCAGGCAUCCAGACGCAGGAGGUCUCGACCCUCCCAGAACUUCUGCAGGUGCAGAGCAGUUUCCUGCGAGGCAAAGUCAGACUCUUGCUCUCAGCUGCACCCGCCUGCCAAAAGCAAAACGGCUGAGAUGAACUCCGAGGACCUCAUAAACUGUUUACGACUGCCGCGAAGUCACGUAUACACACCAACUUGCCCGGACAAACUCGCUUGAUUGCGAGGCGUUCUUCAAAAAAACACUACCGAAUCGUAAAUCUAAAGCGUUCCUGUAGCUCAACUAGGAGAGCUGGGAUCAUGGUUUUGAUUCCCGGCGAAUGCACUGUAAGUCAUUUAGGAAAACAAGUCCUCUGGAUGUUGUCUAGCUCUGCAUUUAAAGCAUGCUGUCAGGUAUUAAGCGCAGCAGAGCUGGUGUGCACAGAGAAUGUGUGAAGCAAAACCGCAUUGACACCCUGACCUGCCCGACGAGCCCAACAUGGCAUGCGAAUGUGUGGAGGAACACAUCUGAGACCACAGGCGGGCUGACUGUUAGCCCAGAGGCUCACUGCAGUAUGCCGAACAGCUUGUCUGGUUGUUUCCAGCCACCUGGACUCUAAUACAUCCGAGACAUGUCUGUGGAGAGAUUUUAUUUAAUUAUCUUUGUAUAUAUAUAUGCAAUUGUUUUUGUAUAAAUCUGUCAAUUGUGCUGCUAUAUUAUAAUAAUGUUUUCAUUUUUGUUAAAUAUUCAGUUCAAUAAUCAGAAAUAAAUCACUUUAUAUUUA